AUGAGGUUGGAGAAUGAUACUGUGAAGGCAGACUUUCUUCUCCUGGGAUUCAGUGACCAUCCAGAACUUCAGAGUCUUCUUUUUGCUGUGUUCUUUUCCAUCUACUCUGUUACCCUGAUGGGGAAUCUUGGGAUGAUUUUACUAAUCACCACCAAUUCCCACUUGCACAACCCAAUGUACUUUUUCAUAGGCAUUCUGUCCCUCAUAGAUUCCUGCUACUCCUCUGUCAUUGCCCCUAAGUUACUUAUGGACUUGAUUUCUGAUGAGAAGACCAUUUCUUACAAUGGUUGUGCUGCACARUUAUAUUUUUUCUGCUCUUUGGUUGACACAGAAUCCUUCCUCUUGGCCGCCAUGGCUUAUGACAGGUACAUUGCAAUCUGUAACCCACUCCUUUAUACUGUUAUUAUGUCAAAGAGGGCAUGUUGUCAGCUUGCACUUGGAGCAUUUGUGGGGGGAACRUUGAGCUCAAUUAUUCACACCACCAAUACUUUCCAUCUGUCAUUCUGCUCCAAAGAAAUUAACCAUUUCUUCUGUGAUAUCUCCCCGCUCUUCUCUCUGUCCUGCACUGACACUCACGUGCAUGACAUCGUUCUGGUGGUCUUUGCUAGCUUGGUGGAAGGUAUUUGUCUUAUAACAGUUCUCCUCUCCUAUGUCUGCAUUUUGGCAGCCAUCCUUAGAACAGGUUCAGCMGAGGCCAGAAGGAAAGGCUUCUCCACCUGUGCUUCCCACCUGGUAGUGGUCACUAUCUACCAUGGCACCCUGAUCUUCAUUUAUUUGCGCCCAAGCACAGAUCAUUCCCUGGAUAUUGACAAGGUGACCUCUGUGUUCUAUACAUUGAUUAUCCCUAUGUUGAACCCCCUAAUUUACAGUCUAAGGAACAAAGAUGUCAAAAAUGCCUUUAGAAAAAUGAUUCGCCAAAAAUGGAUUCUUAAGAUGACAUGA